ACAGAUUCCUUAUUUGGGGUCGAGACUGGUCGUCCCACCGACAGAGAAGCCCUCAACCCAACCACCACCCUAGGGAUCCGGGAUCUACAAUCGGGCCACGCGUCUCAGACUCCUGGUCCGUAAUAGUGUGUGCCGUAAUAUGGCGCCCAUUCCAUCCCAAUCUGCGGCUCUCACCAAGCAGUUUCAGACGCUUCUGGUGACGGCCUUAAGUCAGUCCACGCCAUCCACGGCCGAGUCUGAAGCCCAACUCAAGGCCGGCCACGACAAAAUCCAAGGGGAUGGUGAGCUGAAGCGGAUGUGUUUGGAUUCGGCCUUCCGACAGACGCUCACUCAACACGUGAUCAAUCCCGCAUCCGAGCCGGAUUUGAGCCAAUGCCAGAAAUUGGUGGAUUUGGCCAUAGUGGCGGCGCGUUUGGAUUUGUGUGCGCCCACCGUUCCCAUUGUGGUGCUCUCCGAUGUGUUUGACUUGCUCACCUUGGAGCAUUGCCACGCCCUCUUUGGUUGUGUCGAGGAUAAUGUCAAGAUUUGGCGGGAGGCGCGAUUCUUUCCCGUGAUCAAGAACAACCUCUUGCGGAUUUGCAACGACAUGCUGAGGCGUCUCUCGCGAACCCAGAAUACGGCAUUUUGUGGGCGGAUCCUGGUGUUUCUGGCCAAGUUCUUCCCGUUCUCAGAUCGCUCCGGACUGAAUGUGAUCUCGGAAUUCAACCUCGACAACGUGACCGUUUUCAGCGAAAGCUCGGAAGAGUUCGAUGCUCGGCGAGAAGAUUCCGUGGUCAUUGAAGAGGAUGGGAAGAAUUUGAACAUCGAUUACGCGCUCUACCGCAAGUUCUGGCAACUCCAGGACUUUUUCCGCAAUCCAAUCCAAUGCUAUGAAAAGCUCAAAUGGAAAACCUUUUCAACAUAUGCCAACGACGUGUUGAGCACGUUUCAAAGCUUCAAAUUGGAUGCCGUGUCCGGGAAGAGGAAGCACGAGAACGCCAUCGAUAAAGUGGAUGAACAGUAUUUCGCCAAGUAUUUGACCAAUCAAAACCUGCUUCAACUCCAAUUGAGCGACUCGAACUUCCGUCGCUACAUCCUCAUCCAAUUCCUGAUCUUGUUCCAAUACCUCCAAUCCACGGUCAAAUUCAAAAGUGAUACGGAUGUUCUGAGUGAUGAGCAAACGCGUUGGGUUCAGAACUCCACGUCCCGGAUCUACACGUUGAUGCGCGAAACGCCCCCAGAAGGACACGCCUUCGCCAAAUCCAUUCAACACAUCCUGAACAGAGGCAAGCAGUGGAAUGCUUGGAAAAACGAAGGCUGCAAAUCGUUUCGCGAGGACACCACCAAGGAAAACGGCCAAUCCAAUGGUGGCCUCAAGCGACCCCACAGGAAACGGCAAUUGGGACGCGAGAUUUGCCAAGCGACUGCGGCCAAGCGUUUUAUCAUGGGCAACAAGAACCUGACUGAUCUGUGGAAUCUCUAUCCCGACAAUUUGGAUGCUUGUGCUGCUUCGGAGAGGGACUUCCUCCCGGGUCUGGAGGAGUACUUCGAGGAGGCCUUGGAGCAACUGAAGCCCGAGAAUCAGGUGGAAGAGGAUUACAAGAAAGUGAAUGACGGAUCCUGGGGUUGGCGUGCCCUCCGUUUGUUGGCCAAGAAGAGUCCGCAUUUCUUCACCCACGGCAACAAUCCAAUCGCUAGGCUCCCCGACUACCUCCAGCAGAUGCUGGGCAAAAUGGGCGGAUCUCAAUCGAAUGGCGCACCCUCAACGGCCAACCUCAAAGACAAUCCCAAUGCAGUUGCUCCCAACCCACUGACCAAACGUGCGGACGAGGUCGAUCCGCCCAACGACUCCAAAGGCGUCACUGGCGACGAUGACGACGAGAAUAACGGAACCGGGGGCAAAGUGGGGCCCGACCUUUGUACCGAGACAAUGUUGGAGAAACUAGCGGUCAAAGUGGGCAAGUACUGGAAGAAGAUGGCCCCCAAGUUGGGCGUGGCUGAUGAGGCCGUGGCCAAGAUCGGUCAAGAGGACGGCGAAGACAAAGAUCGAUGCCUGAAGUUGUUCAAGCAAUGGAUCGAAAUUGAGGCUGAAGGAGCCACGGUGGACGAAAUGAUCUACAUCCUAGAGGGUUUGAAAAUGAAGCCAUUGGCCGAGGGAAUCUUGUUCACUAAAGCAGAAUAAACACGUUUGUCCCAAUGUA